AUGGUUAAGCGAAGGGGCAGUUGCACGGCAAAAAUUCAGUUCACAGAUGACAAAUUUUCUGAAAUUAAAGACGAGUUUUUACAAAGAAUAAACAGUGUGGUGAAAAAACAUGACAUUCCUCCCGAGUUAAUAUACAACUGGGACCAUACCGGUAUCAAUUAUGUACCUGUCAGCUCAUGGACAAUGGAGGUGGAGGGCACCCAGCGAGUCCCCAUAAUUGGUCUUGAUGACAAAAGACAAGUCACCGUUGUUUUCGCAGUCACAUUGAGUGGGGAUUUUCUAGCUCCACAAGUCAUAUACCAGGGGAAAACUUCUGCUUGUCAUCCUGAGUAUGAUUUUCCACUGGCUUGGAACAUAACUCACAGUCCUAAUCAUUGGGCCAAUACAGACACACAGAUGGAAUACACAUCGCGAGUUCUAGUACCUCACAUGGAUAAAACCAAGAAAAAGCUUGGGCCACCUAACACUCAAAAGUCACUGUGUAUUUUCGAUGUUUUCCGAGCGCAGAUGUCGAGAGAGUUCGUGGAUGAUUUGAAAACAAAGAAUAUUGAAAUUGUGUAUAUACCACCAAGCACGACGGACAAGUUACAGCCCAUGGAUCUUUCCAUUCAAAAAGUCGUGAAAGACAAAAUGAAACAGCGCUUUCAGCGAUGGUAUGCAUCCUGUAUUUCAAAGCAACUUGACAAAGGUGUCGACAUAGAAACACUGAAACCUGUUGACCUCCGUCUAUCUAUUCUAAAACCGCUUGGUGCUAAAUGGCUGGUAGAAACUUACAAAGACAUAAGAAGCCAACCAGAGAUGGUAAUUAAGGGGUUCGAAAAAGCAGGCAUUGCUGAAGUGUGCAGAAAAUCUUAA